AUGGCAGGUCGCUUGAAUGGAGUUUCAACAUUGAUAAGAAAUGAAUUUGACAAAGCAAUUUAUGUUCACUGUAUGAAACACAGGCUGAAUUUGUGUGYUGCUGACACAUGCCAACAACCACUUGUUAGAAACAUGAUGGAUACUGUUAAAAGAAUUUCUGAUUUUUUUAACAAUUCACCAAAGAGACAGCAGUAUUUGGUCAUGAAGGUUAAAGAGACAAUGCCUCAAGCUAAUCAUACUGUUCUGAUAAAUGUGUGCCGAACAAGAUGGAUCGAAAGAAUAGAAGGAAUGGACAGAGUUGUAGAACUUCUUCGUCCUGUUGUUGCUACGCUUGAAGACAUAUCAAUGAACAACAAUGAUCUUGGAACUGGGGACUGGAAUCGACCAAGUAGAAAUGAUGCACAGACCUUACUGAAUGCAAUAACUUUUUCAUCUAUUGUUGCUAUUGUUAUUGUUAGACAYAUGUUAGAUUUAACCCGACCUCUCACUGUCAAAUUACAAAAGAAAGCAAUGGAUCUUCUCAAGGCAAAGGAUGAACGUGCACUUUUAAAGUCAGUCUUAACAGAGAUGAGAACUGACAUUGAUGCCAGGCACAAUGCACUCUACAAGGAAGCUGUCACUUUAGCAGGUCAAGUUUCAGUUCAACCAACCAUGCGUAGAGUAGCUCAGAGACAGGUUCAUAGAGCCAAUGCUGCAGCCCGAAACCCUGAAGGAUAUUAUAGGACAAAUUUAACUGUAGUUUUUCUAGACCAUAUAGUCCAACAACUGAACAACAGAUUUCAAGAUGAUGUGUUUGUUUGCUACAGAGCACUUUCAGUUAUUCCAUCAAUUAUGCUGGCCACUGGUAUUGUUURKAAGGAUAAUGUAUUAGCCUUUUGUGAACAUUAUAGGCAGGAUAUACCUAAUAAUGCAAGUUUACAAGCAGAACUUAUUCUGUGGGACAGAAUGUGGAAGAGGAAAGAUGAUCUAGGAGAGGAAAUCCCUGAUAGUUUAGAAGGGACACGAGCUCAUUGA